CCGGCUCAACACUGGCAGUUUGCGCACCACCGUUGUAGCAUACUGAUCGCGAUACGAGACAAACAGUGAUUGCCAAGGAUAACACAGUGAGUGUGAUAAGAAAACAGAGUGGCAAGACACCAGUCAGGCGCCGGACAACACACUGGAAAGGCGCCACCAGGAGGAGAUUACAGCCUGGAGAACCACCCGUGGCUCGCUCCCCGCAGAAUGAGUCCCCUAGUAAUGCCACCGGCCAAGAAGAGGGAUGGGGUUACUUAGGUGGCGUUGCGAGGCAUGACAUCACAAAACAACACGUGAUUAAAACCAUCAUCUGACCAACUGACGGUAAAUUGUAAAUAAUGUAACAAACUCGGAAAAUUAUUACUGGUUAACAAAGUAACAUUUCCAGCGGAUGGUCACGCCUCGAGGAAAUUAUUGAGGCAGCGAGGAAGCUUGGAAAAUCCUGAGCGAUCCUACACCCCCCUCCCACGAUAGGACUCUGAAGGACACCCUAAGGACUCCCCAGAAGCACCCCAAGGGCUCCUCAUGUCUUAGUGGUGUCCGUGGUGGUGGUGGUGGUGGUGGUAGUGGUGGGUGUAUUUUCUUUCUUUAUUCAAGUGUUUAUUUCUCUCUCUCUCUCUCUCUCUCUCUCUCUCUCUCUCUCUCUCUCUCUCUCUCUCUCUCUCUCUCUCUCUCUCUCUCUCUCUCUCUCUCUCUCUCUCUCCCCUUCACUGAGAUUCCCUUGCGUCUGUAGUUUUUUCCCCGUACUUCAGAUCCCUUCCAUCGCCCUUUCCUUCCCUCCCCUUCCCUGCAAUUGGAACGUAACCUCCCUGUCGCCUUCCUCACCCCCUCCCUGACUCCCCUUCUCCCUGCCUCUCUUCCUUCUUCCUCCCUGUCUCCCUCCUCCCUGCCUCUCUCCUCCCUGUCUCCCCUCCUCCCUGCGUUCCUCUUGGUGAUGCGGGCGUCGCCAUGAGCAGUGGAGGGGCACCUUGUCUUCCCCCAGUCACUCCACCACCACCAGGGAUGCGCCUCCUCCCCCACCGGCCACACGCAACCAUGACGCCACAUCCCCGCCCCGCCCCGCUCCCCCCUCCGCUCCCCGCUAGCGUGAGGCGACCCAAAAGUCCCCGGCGGACCGUCAUGCGUUUGGCGUAACUCGGCGCUGACGGCCCGCCAUGAGCACGACCAUUCCGGCGUCCCCCAGAGCCCUCGCCGCCACCUACGCUACCCCUGAGGACGCCUGCGACACCCAGAACACGCGGGCGUUGCUGGAGGCGCGUCCCAGGGUGCGCUACGCCCGCCCUGACGUGACGGACACUCGAGGGGCGUGUCCCGAGGGACGGCAGUGGCAGGAAGCGGAUCUCUCUCUCGGGUACUACGCCGCGGCCCCCGACCUGGCGUGUCUGACGGGAGGCGACCCAGCGGCGCCCGACGACGACGAUGACGCCGCCGACGACAGGGAGGAGGAGGUGUGGCCCGUGGACGCCCCUGCUGGUUACGAAUCCUCGCCGCCCGUCAGGCACGCCUCCAUGUCCGCCGUCGGUUCGUCAGCGGGAGGCGGCGCGGGAGGGUGCGGUCGUCAAGGAGGGUCUGGAGGCUCAAGAAGGAUGAGUAGGAGUCUUGAGGACCUUCCCACUGACAUACAAGAGCACAUCCUUCGCUGCCAGUGCUCCUGUGACCACUUAGGAUACGGCAACUUCUCGAAGGGCACGGCGCCGCGGCUCACCAACGGCUGUUCCACCUACCUGGGCCCCUCCCCCACCAAGGAACAGGAACUGCAGGACCCCCCCAGCGACCCCUCCCACCCCUCCACCCCCACCACCAAGACGAAAGCAGAGGGCGGGCUGGGCACCAGGACACGGGCGUGGGUUUGCGUGGUGCUGGUGUUGGGCGCGGCGGCGGGCGUGGGGGUGGGUGUGCCCCUCGCCCUGCGCGUGGACCCCGGGGCCGCCCUGCCGCAGCGCAUCGCCUCCGCCAGGAUGCUGCUGAGGGACUCCCCGCUCAUCGACGGGCACAAUGACCUUCCGUGGAACAUCAGAAAGUUUAUGCACAACAAACUUCACAGCUUCAACUUCACGGCGGAAUUGAAGAAGCUGCGCCCAUGGUCACGCUCCUCCUGGUCCCACACCGACUUGCCCAGGCUGCGGGAGGGCAUGGUGGGGGCGCAGUUCUGGGUGAGUUACGUGCCGUGCGAGUCCCAGCGACUGAACGCGGUGCAGUUGACCAUUGAGCAGAUCGACCUUAUCAAGCGUCUCAUAGAACAAUACCCGGAGGACCUCAAGCUGGCGACCUCUGCUGACGAGCUAGAGGAAGCGUUCAGGGAGGGCCGCAUCGCCAGCCUCAUCGGAGUGGAGGGUGGCCACGCUAUUCAGAACUCCCUGGGCGUGUUGAGGGCGCUAAGGGACCUCGGCGUGCGCUACAUGACCCUGACACAUACCUGCAGCACGCCCUGGGCAGAGUGUGCUCGCGCGCGGGAGACCGACGAGGAGGAUCCAAACUCCCCGAGGGGCCUCACGCAAUUCGGCAAGACAGUCGUAAGGGAGAUGAACCGCCUGGGCCUGCUGGUGGACUUGUCCCACGUGUCCCAGGCCACCAUGCGCGAAGCCCUGGAGGUGUCCCGCGCCCCUGUCAUCUUCAGCCACUCCUCCGUCUACGCCAUCUGCAAGAACCCGAGGAACGUGCCCGACGAUAUCCUGCAGAGGGUGGCGAGCAACGGGGGCGUGGUCAUGGUCAGCUUCUACAACCAGUUCCUGACGUGUAGUGAACAGGCGACCAUAAGUGAUGUUAUUGAGCACAUCAACCACGUCAGGAAGGUCGCCGGAGUGGAACACGUCGGAAUAGGCGCCGAUUUUGACGGGAUUAACAUGCUACCAGAGGGCCUUGGGGACGUGUCAGGCUACCCCCAACUGUUCGCAGAGCUCCUGGGUGAUCCCGCGUGGUCUGAGGAUGACCUGAGGAAGCUGGCGGGGCAGAACCUCUUACGGGUGAUGCGCCGCGCCGAACAGGUGCGGCGGGAGCUUCAGGAGCAGGGGAUGAAGCCCUACGAGGAGGAGAUGAGGUCGCAACGCACCGGCGAGGACUACUCAUGCUUCUACAGGUUCAUAAGGCCUGCUGAUGAUGGGGAGUAGGCAGCCUGCUGCUGACGGAGGAAAGUCUGGGCCGCCUGCUGCUGACGUAGGGAAGUCUGGGCGGCCUGCUGCUGACGGAGGGGAGUCUGGGCGGCCUGCUACAGACGGAGGGAAGUCUGGGCCGCUUGCUGCUGACGAAGGGAAGUUUGGGCGGCCUGACCUGACCUGCGAUAAACUCGUGAUCCCUCGUGACUUGCGUGACCAAAACUUAAGUGAAAAAUACAUAUAAAUAAAACGAGAAGUGUGGAAAUAUGUGGCAACAAAUGGAUAAUUAUGUGACUAGAAAUUUCUUGAAGAAACUCAUGGACGCCAUUUUGAAUGAAGGCGCUGUAUGUGUGUGUGUGUGUGUGUGUGUGUGUGUGUGUGUGUGUGUGUGUGUGUGUGUGUGUGUGUGUGUUUUAGUACCGAGUGAUGCAUGAAAACUUUCAGACAAACAAAUGAAACUUACGCAAAGAAAAGAAAAAAAUAGAAAGAAACAAGAUUCACAGCUCUAGAAAGGAAAAAAAGAAAGAAAAGAAAACUAAAGAAAAAAAGAGAAACAAAGAAAAUUUUUAAGGUGAGAUGAAAAGAAGACAUGACAACGCCAGUCUUCUUCCUCCUCCUCCUCCUCCUCCUCCUCCUCCUCCUCCUCCUCCUCCUCCUCCUCCUCCUCCUCGACUUUGUGCCUCGUCUCUCUUUAAAGCCGUGUGGGCGACGGACUUGGCGUUGAGAAAAUUAAAGAGAGCCCCGUUUUAACUCACUCACUCACCUACACUCACUCACUCACUUACUCACUCACUUUCACUCCCAUGCACACUUUCUCUCUCUCUCUCUCUCUCUCUCUCUCUCUCUCUCUCUCUCUCUCUCUCUCUCUCUCUCUCUCUCUCUCUCUCUCUCUCUCUCUCUAUCUAUCUAUCUACAUAUCUAUCAUUUACUCAUUUUCUUAAUCAUUACCAGCAUGAGAGAGAGAGAGAGAGAGAGAGAGAGAGAGAGAGAGAGAGAGAGAGAGAGAGACUUACCUCAAGCAAAUACACCAAUAAGCAAAUAGAAAUAAAAAUGCUUGGAGCAAUAUGAGAAAAUGAUGAAGAUUUUUGUCUUUCGUGCAAGUUUAAUGAAACGGAGAGAGAGAGAGAGAGAGAGAGAGAGAGAGAGAGAGAGAGAGAGAGAGAGAGAGAGAGAGAGAGAGAGAGAGAGAGA